CACACACACCGCAGAGAGACAGAGAAAGGGAGGGGGCGGGGGGAUCCUCGCGUAUACCGGCUUUGUGGUUUCCAUCCCCUAUCAAGCGUUUUACCAGCACCUGCCAGCUCAGCUCAGCCCGGUGGAGCCCAUGACGAUAAUUAUGCUCGUUUUCAACUAUUAACUUCAGCUACAUUCAUUCACCGAACCGGGUUUCCUGUCUUGGAAAUUCAAGUUUUUCCACAGGCCAGGAGUGGGACCUUGAGCAGCUUAAAGGUCCACCUGUACUCCAGAUCAUAUGCACAUAGAAGAAUACAUUGAAAAAGAUGAGGAACCACCUGUGCUGCUCAACUCUCGUCCUUCUCGCGGUGAUAGGCUGUGGUGGAACUGCAGCGGUGCAGUGUCGGUGGGGAGAAGGGUGUGUGUGUUUGCAAUGCCCUGCAGGCCAGGAGCCAUCCAAGCCUUGCAGGCAGAUCCAGAGUUCAGCUGAAGACAUUAAAUGUCAGUUCUGCCCACCUGGGAGCUUUUCAGACACGGUCGACUCUGAGCUCUGUCGUCCACACACAUCCUGCGAGAUCCUGGGCAGAAAUGUUUCAGUGUCUGGGACUCUGACCUCAGACGCUGUCUGUGGCGACUGUCUGCCUGGAUUUCUCUCUCCUGAUGGGGGACAAGUUUCCACUGAAAGCGGUUGCACGAAAACAGAAUUGCAUGCCAGAAAGGUUCGCACUGUGGAAAAAGGUUCCUCCAGUGGGGCAGGAGGACCAGCCAACAGCACGGUGGUUCGAAGUGCCGAGGAAAAGACGGCGGAGUACGCUGUGUUCGCAUUGGUGCCUGUCUUCUGCAUAAUGGGCCUGUUGGGCAUCCUGAUCUGCAACAUCCUGAAGAAGAAGGGAUACAACUGCACUGCUGAGAAGGACGGGAAAGACGAAGAGACUGCCACACCUCAGAAAGAAGGUGAGAAAGACAAAAAAGUGCAAAAUUGACCAUGUAAUGUCAUUGAAUCCUGUAAUCCUGUAACGAUUGGUGCUGUGAUGUGCUCUAAAGGCAUCAGCGCUCAGAGGAAGCGAGGGCUUUUUUUUUUUUUUUAAUGCCAUACAAG